AUGUCCUUGAAGCACUAUUCCAUCACCUCAAAGUCGUCGGUCCAGAAGGCAUCGACAGGGUCCACGACGGCAAUGAUGACGGAAGAUAACGCUGCACACGCCUCGUUUGCCACCGCCGCCAAUCUGAAGAGCGCACACCUGGCGCCAAUGGUUCAACAUUCAGCACAGAUGUCGACAGCGGUGGGCGUGCUCAUGCUCAGCAUCGCCGCCUUGGCAGCGCUAUGUGGCGAUCCUGUCCCUCCUUUUCCCGACCUCAUGUUCCUCACUGCUGCGCCGCCUGCUUUGUCGCUUCCCUUCUCCGAUGCUGCCAUCCAAGAACUCGCUGCAAGACUGGCCCCCGCACGGGGGCAGUCUCAGCUACCUUGCGCACCACCCCUGUCCUCCCGGCUCUCCUCCACUGACGCCUCCUCCUUGCACACGAUCGACACCCACACCGCAUUCUCCUCAUCCAUGUCCACCGCAUCCCUCCACACUGUCAUCUUGCCCUCCUCCCACAAGCGCUCCAUGACUAUCUACAAGGGCAAGUCCGUCUCCACCGUGCUCAUCACCUCUGCCAUCGACACCGUCGCCGCCUCCUGCAAGGCAAAGUGCUCCGCCCCACUCAGGGAGAGCUUUCACAUCGCCCUCGAGAUGGUCUGCGCAGGCAUGGGCGGCAACCGCCCCCGUGAGAUCUUUGAGCCCCUCCGCCUCGCCUGUGAGACCCGCAAUGAGAAGCCUGUAGUCGCCAGCCUUGACUGCAUCUCCAAGCUCAUCUUCUGCUCCUUCAUUGAAGCCAACCCUCCCGAACACGCGUCCCUCCCGUCCCUGUCCUCAGCCCUAGGCGCCUGCCACUCCACCUUGAGCGCCUCCUAG